ACCCAUCAUGACCUCACAAAAUGACACCAACACCAAGCUCACCAAAGCAAAAGAACAUGCCUUGCAACAAUAUCAAAACACGGAUUUGGUCACGAUCAUGAAUGGUUUUUGCGGCACAUUUUCAAUCUUUUCAUCAGCUCGAUACCUUGCUUCGAAUGAUAAGGCACAUCUAUGGGCUGCACUUACCUAUCCACUUGCUGGACUUCUGUUCGAUUUCUUCGAUGGCAAAGUGGCCCGUUGGAGGAAUAGUGCCAGCUUACUUGGUCAAGAAUUAGAUAGUUUGGCAGACCUGCCCCUGCUGUCCUUGCUUUCGUUGUCGGUCUUAGGACAUGGAUGGAUACUGUUGUACUCGCUGGGUUCGUCUGCUGUGGAUUAG